GACCUAGCAUUCAAUAUCAGAUGAGCUCUUGGGUACACUCUCUGAAAAUAUAGCAAAUUGUGGUGGAUACACUGCCUAGCAUGAGAGAGUGUGUGCAUACAGAAAGAUCUUUCUAUAAAAGGUCAAUCAGUCUCCCAUGCGUCACUGUAACGCCUUCUACCUCCAACGAGUUCCAAUAAAUCGACUUUAUCAUCAUGAUUUCCGCGUCCAGCAUCACGGCCAUCCUGGCCUUCUGCGCAUCUAGCGCCUCAGCCUGGGUUAUCGGCAAGGAGCAAACCGAAACGCACCCCAAGAUGACCUGGCAGCGCUGCACAGGCAAGGGCGGUAAUAGCUGUACGAAUGUCAAUGGUGAGAUUGUCAUUGACGCCAACUGGCGCUGGCUUCACGUUACUAGCGGGUACACCAAUUGUUUCGACGGCAACGAGUGGAACAAGACUGCGUGUCCGAACAAUGACGCUUGCGCCAAGAACUGCGCUAUCGAAGGUUCAGAUUAUAGGGGCUCGUAUGGUAUUACUACGUCUGGGAACUCUCUUACCCUCAAGUUCGUCACGAAAGCCCAGUCCUCGACCAACAUCGGAUCCCGCACGUACCUCAUGAAGGAUGCGAACAGCUAUGAGAUGUUCAAGCUCAUUGGAAACGAGUUUACGUUCGAUGUCGAUCUCUCGCAGUUACCUUGUGGCCUUAACGGAGCCCUGUACUUUGUUUCCAUGCCUGAAAAGGGACAUGGAACACCGGGUGCCAAAUACGGAACUGGAUAUUGCGAUGCGCAGUGCGCUCGUGACUUGAAAUACAUCGACGGCAAAGCCAACGCUGAGGGGUGGCAAGCUUCAUCAUCCGACCCGAAUGCUGGCGUUGGAAAGAGGGGCGCUUGCUGCGCUGAGAUGGACGUUUGGGAGGCAAACUCCAUAUCCACCGCCCUGACUCCCCACUCUUGCCAACCCGAGGGCUACUCCGUCUGCGAAGAUGACAAGUGCGGCGGCACCUACUCCCUCGAUCGCUACGCAGGAUCUUGCGAUGCUAAUGGUUGCGACUUCAAUCCCUACCGCGUCGGAGUGAAGGACUUCUAUGGCAAGGGCAAGACAGUCGACACUUCCAAGAAGAUGACAGUCAUUACCCAGUUCCUAGGCUCUGGCAACCAGCUCACUGAACUCAAACGAUUCUAUGUUCAAGACGGCAAAGUCAUAAGCAACCCCGAGCCCACGAUCCCGGGUAUGACCGGCAACUCAAUCACCCAGGAGUGGUGUAACACCCAGAAGAACGUUUUCCAAGAGGAAAUCUACCCCUUCAACGAGUUCGGCGGUAUGGCGUCCAUGGGUAAGGGUAUGGAGCUCGGCAUGGUGCUCGUAAUGUCGCUCUGGGAUGACCAUUAUGCCAACAUGUUGUGGCUUGAUAGCAACUACCCCACUGCAGCUGACCCAGCCAAGCCGGGCGUUGCGCGUGGUGAGUGCGAUAUUACGAGCGGUGUCCCGGCUGAUGUCGAGUCCGCCAACCCGAAUGCUCAAGUUGUGUUCUCGAACAUCAAGUUUGGUCCUAUCGGAUCAACCUUCCAGCAGCCCGCAUGAGCUUUCCAAAGGGAUGCUCGGGGUGGCGGUCGUUGGAGGACUGUUGAUGGGCGCGCAUCAGCGAUGUCGGAAGAAGUGGACGAGAAGAUGCGUGUAUAUAAAUUGAUGUGCUCCCAUGUCAUUCGCUCGCUAUUGUAUUAAAUAAGACCCCCAGAUGUGUUAUAGUUUAAUGGUAACACAUUGCAUCUACCCCAUCCCCUCGGGAACUUCGAGUGUAUAGCUCCCAGUCUUGGUAGUAGUAGGUGUGACCAUUGUGGAUGUAUUAUGGA